UCCAUCUUCAUAGCAUUUCCUCUCCUAUGUACCGAAUUUCUAUCUAUUCCAAACAAAUCUGAGGGUGAUAAUCAGCACAAAAAACAGAGGGCUAAUUCUUGCUGGCAUGCUUACUUUUGGAUUCCAUCAAGACCAUCUUAAAUUUUGGUGAAAAUUUGCAUAUAUACAAAGAUAGAAGAUGUUGUACUCAUUUCAUUUCUGUAUAUAGAGAACUGCUUAAAUUGGAGGCAAGAUCAAGUAAAUGCUAUAGUCAGUGUUACAGUGCUGGUUGAAAUUGAGAAGUUGCUCACAAAGAGUUCGAUAUGGUGCAGGGCUUCAAGCAAGAGUUAAGAAAUUUAAGAGAAUCGUUGUACAUGGUUAAGCAAGUCUUAGAGGAUGCUGAACCAUGCCAAGUUACAGAUGGGACAGUCAAACUAUGGCUCAAGAAAUUCGAAUUUGUUGCUUAUGAUUCUGAUGAAGUUUUGGAUGAGAGAAACUAUGAAGAUUUGUCAUGUACUCUGGAGAUACAGAACCAGAUGAAGCAAAACAUAUGGUUAUGCUUCUCUUCUAAUAUGCUUUUGAGAUUCAGAUGGAAAAUGGCUAAUAGAAUGAAAAAUUUAAAUGUGGAAUUGAAACUGAUAAAUUAUGAAGCUGAUUGCCAUGGCUUCCAGAUGAGAGUUGCAGAUUGUGCUCCUUAUUCACCUCCCUUGAGGGAAACUGACAGCAUAAGUUGUGAUCAUAUUGUUUCGGGAAGAGAUAAUGAUGCAUUAAAAAUUGUGAAUAUGUGGACUAAGCCCAGCAAUGAAUAUGUUACCGUUAUUCUUAUUGUUGGAAUUGGGGGACUCGGAAAGGCAACUUUAGCUUACUUAAUAUUAAAUCAUCACCUAUAAAGAAGCAUUUCGACAAAAGGAUUGGGUUUGUGGAUC